GGCGACAAACUUCAUGAAACCGUUUACAACAACUAUGUUUGUUAUCGCUCAGCUUAUCUCUUCAACAGCUGACCUUAACCGCUACAUCUGAUAGGAGCUGUAUUAAGCCGAAAUAAAUUUUUAGUAUACACUUUUCACGAUUUAGCCACUGUGAAAACAUCUCGGAACGCAGCACAAUGAUACACAUCAAGUGCAACGACACCAAUUUGGAACCCAUCGCAGUCAAGAUUGGUAUAAUUGGGGGUAGUGGACUCGAUGAUCCGGAUAUUUUGGAAAAUCGCAAGGAAACUGAGGUCAACACUCCCUUCGGCAAUCCUUCCGAUGUACUGAUAGAAGGUGAAAUUGGCGGCGUAAAGUGUGUACUGUUGGCACGACAUGGUCGUAAACACAACAUUAUGCCCACCAAUGUGAAUUAUCGCGCAAACAUCUGGGCCAUGCGGCAAGUGGGUUGCACACACUUGAUAGUUUCAACCGCUUGCGGAUCGCUGCGCGAAGAAAUUCAUCCAGGCGAUUUGGUGGUGCCAAAUGAUUUCAUCGACCGCACCACUAAACGUGCACAAACAUUCUACGAUGGUGGAGCGGAAAGUCCGCGUGGUGUUUGUCACUUGAGCAUGUUUCCGUCGUUCAGUGAACGCGUGCGUGCCGUGCUGAUUAAAAGCGCCAAAGAGUUGGACUAUAAUGUGCACGAGAAAGCUACUAUUGUAACGAUUGAAGGACCUCGUUUUUCGUCGCGUUCUGAGAGUAACAUGUUCCGUCAGUGGGGUGGUGAUCUAAUCAACAUGACCACCUGCCCUGAAGUAGUGCUGGCAAAAGAAGCAGGACUUUUAUACGGUUCCGUGGCAAUUGCCACCGAUUAUGAUUGCUGGCGCAUGGGAUGUGAAGGUGUUAAUGUGCAAGAUGUUUUGAAAACGUUUGCCGAAAAUGUUGUAAAAGUAAAGAACAUUUUAAUUAAGUCUGUACAGAACUUAGCAAAAGAUGAUUGGACAGACGAUAUUUUGGAUGCAAAGGAGUGUGUCUGCAAGAACACCAUGAACGGUGCAAUGUGACGACUUUUACGUUUGUGCACUGAAGCUACUUCUGAAAUCAUACAACGUCGACGACCACUAAUACCCGGUUCACAGUUUAGAGAUUCCAACAAAAAAGCUAUGGUACCUAAGCUAAAUUCCAUAUCCAUAUUAUAUGACUUAGUACCGGCUAACAAACGACCCGUCGACGAAGAUGGAACACCACAUAAAAACCAAAAGAAAACUCGUCAGCAGCAACAAAAACCUGAAAAUGCAGCAUAAUUCCGAUAUUAUUAAACUUGGAUAUUUUUAUUAAUUAAGUCAGUGUUUUACCAAAUCAUAUGUAUAAUAAAUAAUAUUAGUUGCGUAUGUUACGGCAUUUUUUGGCAUGAUGCACCUUUUGGUGUUAAAAUCGUUACCCACUAAACCGUAAAAGCCAAUUGUAAAGUUGUCGUUGUACUUAUGUAUAUCCAAAGCAAAAUCUAUUUAA